AUGGCUGAGCAAGGGGACGCCCUUUGUGGGGCCCCCGAGGAGCCGUCCCCAGGAGUGACCCUCAGCGACAGCCUCAUCAUGGCCCACACCCGCUCCACGGGGCCGCUGCCCACUGGCACCGUCCGCUUGGACCGGGAGAACAUCUCCUGCAUCGGAAAAACCCGGGGGCAGGAAAGGAUCCACAGCCUCUACCUGCAGCAGCUCAGGGCCCUGGAUUUUGGGAUGUCUCCGUGUCCUCCCACCCCAUUCCCCCCCAGAAUCUCCCGUGUUGCCCCCAGGAUUGGUUGGAGCAAUCCCAGCGCAUCCCCAAAAUGUGAAUUUUCACUCAGCAGGCAAAAAAAAAAAAACAAAAAAAAACCAAAAAACAACAACAACAACAAAAACACGUUGGGUUUUUUUUUUUUCUAUUUUAUUUUCCAGAACCAAAUUGAGAAGAUGGAGAAUCUGGAGUGUUUUCCCAACCUGAGGUUCCUGUGCCUGGCUGGGAACCGCAUCCAGAGGGUGCAGAACCUGCAGGGGCUGUCCCAGCUGAGCCUCCUGGACCUGUCCCACAACCUGAUCCAGGUGCUGGACACAGAGGAGCUGCCCCGCAGCCUCCGGAUCCUGGACCUGGCCGGGAACCAGUGCACCCAGCAGGAGGGGUACAGGGAUGGGGUGCUGGCAGCGCUGCCCCAGCUCCUGCAGCUGGAUUCCCAGCCCGUGCAGGGAAGCGCGGCCGAGGAGGAGGAAGGAGGAGGCUCCUGCAGCAGCGAGGAGGAGGAGGAGGAGGAGGAGGAGCUGCUCCCGGUGCUCCGGGCUCCCUUCACGGUGGACAGAGGUUUCCUCGGGGACGUGCGCCGGGAGCUGGCGGGGCGGGCGCGGCUGCGGCGCGCCCUGAGCCUGGAGGAGCACCGGGCCCGGCUGCAGGAGCUGCGGGAGCGCCGGGCGCUGCUGCUGGGCCCGGGGCAGGGCGGGACAGCCCGGCUGUGUCCCCAGCCCUGUCCCCAGGGGCACCCGGGGCCACCGCCGCCACCUCUGCCGGCAUCCAGCGGGUGCAGCCAGCCCCCAGGCGAGGCCCUGCAGAUGGAGACCCGUGCCAGCGGAGCAGAGAAUGGGCAGUUAUCCCAAAUACCCUGAAUAAAGGCUU